CAGCGACCUCUAACGGACAGGGUUUGAAGGGCUUCUCUCUUUUUCGUCUCACGGAUUCGCCGAAAUCGUCCGUGCAGAGGCUCGCAAGCAGUGUCUGCUGUUUUAACGACGAGGGACGAGUGGACUGACGAGGAUAUGACGAAAAUAUCAAUUCUGAAGGUUGAGAACCCAUCCUGCCUCUGGGGUCGGGUUGUUAGGAAUCUGGGUGGCAACACGGAGUCGACAGAACAAUAUAACAAUCUGCUGGCUCAGAUGAACCUCUUCUACCAUGAACUCACUCAAGACCUGUGCAAGUUGAAUCCCACCUCGAUAGAGGAGGGACAGGUGUGUGUGGUGUACUGGUCAGUGAUGAAGUGGUGGUGUCGGGCUGUGGUGGAGUCAAUCAUCGUGGACUCGGAGUCCAGUCAGGCUCACUGCCUCCUGGUCGACCACGGAGAACGGCUCGUCGUUGCCUCAGACCAGAUCCGAGUCGCUGUACAGACUUUUUUCCAGCUACCUUUUUGGGUGAGGAGGUUCCACCUGGCAGGAAUUAAACCAACAACCCUGCGAGUGUCUGUUUACGAGGAGAAGGCAGAGCUUACUCCGUCCGCUCAGUGGGACAGCUCAGCUACGCUCUACCUGCACAACCUGCUACAAGCAUCUACUUGGACAGAGGCUGUGUUGCUUGAAUCUGAGUCAGACUCCACCUCCAUCGAGCUCUUCCUCAGCAUUGGGAACAUCAAGAUCUGUGUGAACGAUGAGCUUGUGGCCAAGAAGUUUGCAUACUACAUCAGAGAGUCGGCUGAAAGCAGUGAGUUGGAUGAGGUGGAUCGACUUCCCAUCAUGUUGUCCUCCAGCAUCUUAACCCAGACCGUCUCCAUAACCUCAAACAAGCUGACAGCAGAAACUCCUCCAUCUCCUGGUCUGGUUGCAGGCAGAGCAGGUGAUUGGCUGACAGCGCCCUCUCCACCUCAGAGUCAACAACCUGAUCUGUCGACGUCCGAGGGAGACUGUAGGCCUAAUGUGACAGAUGAACGACUGUCUCCAGGCAGCCAAUCAAAGAGAAGCUCUUACUCUUCUGCUGCAGAGAGUGACUCAUCAGAUGACACCGACUCCUCUCUGGCUGCAGCUCUGACCAAAAACGUCAAUCUGUUCAAUUUCUUGAAGUUUCUGAAUCCUUGCAGCAGCUACCAGCAGGCUGCUCGUAGUGUCGAUGAGCAUGAAGAGCGGAAUGACUGUCAACCUAAAGAGACAGCUGCCGCCUCUAGUAUCUGCACAGGACAGGAAAAUGAGCAUGUAACACUGGAUGAGGAUGUGCUACCUAUGAGCCAUGAAAAAAGUGGAGCUGCAGGUCUUGACCUCACUCGGGUUGAAUAUCUGGCAGAUGAAAACACAAGCAGCUCCAUUGGAUCAGUAGAGUCAGGACCAGCAGAAGCAGAGAAGACGUUGAGUGAAGUGGGCUGGGUCUGUUCCCGGCUUUUGGAGUGGUUGAACCCCGAGCCUCUGAACCCUGAUCCAGACGCUGCAGAUGACGCUGUUGUUCCCAGUGAUCCCAGCAUGAGUGGGAUUCUAGUGCACUCUGUGCUCCCAGUUCAGCCCUGCACCAGUCUGGAUGAUGCCCCCAUCACUGAUGGUCUCCGUUGGGUGCUUCGGGGAAAGCAGUACAGCACUCCAUCUCCAGCUGACUGUUAUAGCUGGCCAGCUGUUUCUCGAGGAUGCAACACAGUCAUCGUGUCCCACAAUGCUGACCAGCCCCUCAGCUACCUCACCCCACUCCUUACCCACAUUCUGCUCAACUCCAUCUUCAGCUCCCUCACCUCCAGCACAGGGCCCAUAGCAGUGCUGUUGUGUCCAGGCUGGGAGAAGGUCCAGGUGGUGUAUGACCUGCUGGAUGAUAGCAAGAUCGCCCAUGUCCUUCACCCAGUUGUUGCGCUGCCAGGUGUCGAGAAGGACGCUGCAAAGACUGUCAGGAUCCCAAAGAACUGUCGACUGUUGGUGACCACUCCCUUCAGUUUCGUCCGUCUGCUGUCCUGUCACUGCUUCAUGUUCCUGCGUCUUUACCACCUGGUGCUGGACGAGGCCGACCAGCUCUUCACUCUUGCUCCAGACCAGAUGGUGGCCAUCUUGCAGCAUUUCCAGAAGGUGACCUCCACCGAGGAAAAGGCCUCUUGUCCUCAGCAGCUCAUUGCUGUGGCGAAGCGGUGGACCAGUCACAUGGAGAGCCUGUUAACCAAUCACAUGCCCUACCCCUGCAUUGUCAUGACCGUCCCUGAGGAAGCUGCUCUCUAUGGGAACGUUCAGCAGGUCAUCCUCAUGACUCUCGAGACCAGUAAGAUCUCAGAACUCUUGGGCGUGUUGGAUUUCAGCCCAGAUGUCGGCCAGAAGACUCUGAUCAUUGCCAACUCUACUCAGGAAGUUGAAGACGUGUUCAAGGCCGUGAGCAACAAAUCGGCAUUCUGCCUCAAGACUCACGAGGGAUUGACACACCAGUUCGACUUUGUCAUCCAGCAGUGGAGAAAAAUCAUCGGCUCUGGCACUCAUGUUAUUCUUGUAACCACCCACGAGUGUCUGAAGUGUUUUGGGAUCAGAGAUGCAACUUGUAUCGUCCACUACGGCUUCCCCACCUCUCCCAAGCUGUUUGGCAGCCGACUCUACUGCAUGUCUGAAAACUUCAGAAACCUCUCAGAACGGGAUCAAGCAAAGAGCUGCCCCCAUGCCACCAGGUCGGUGCUGCUGAUCUCAGAGAGAAACGCCCGUCAUAUUGUCGGGGUUCUGCGUUACCUGGGACGAACCAACGCCGUACUGCCCCCUGAGCUACUGACCUUCGCCCAGGGCCUCCACGUGGCCCGGGAGGACCUGAAGACCAACAGGCCUCUCUGUAGCUACCUGAAGAGCUUUGGAGUGUGCAGAGACAGCAGUGCAUGUCCCGACCGUCACAGGUUCAUUUCCCGGCUCGAUCAUUCUGAGCUUCCUGCCUCCGGAAUCAUAGAGGUUGUACCUCUGUUCAUCAAGACAGCAUCGGUCUUCUACGGUCGUAUCGUCAGGAAAGAGGACGGGGGUUUUGAUGGCUUGGCCUCUGAGAUGGCUUCUUACUACGCUGAUAAGAAACCAAGAGGCACAGAGUUGUUGGAGGGAGGCUUAUACGCUGUGCAGGAAGACAACGUCUUCCACAGGGUGAAGAUCCUCUCUGUCCCCGACAGAGGUGACCGCCUGUUUUUCAGGGUCUUCGUUCGGUUUAUCGAUGUAGGAAAGGAGGAGCAGGUGAAAUCCCAUCAGAUCCUUCAGCUGCCGGAGCAGUUUCACUCUCUGCCUGGCCAGGCGCUGGAGAUCGUUGUCUGCCGGGUCAGACCAGUAGACUCCGAGAUCGACUGGCACCCAAAGGUCACCAGAGCCAUCAGUCAGAAGGUCCGAGGUCUGCAGCAUCGAGCCAGAGCAGUUCUCAGUUUGGGAACUACUGUCUUUGUUGAUCCCAUGGUUCGGGUGAGCCAUGUGCCUGGUAUGAAAACCGUGAUCAAUGAACACAGUGUCCAGGUUGAGAUCCUCAACACUGGCAUGGGGGUUAGCAACCAAGAACAUAUGAAACUGCUGAGGGCGUUGUGCCAGGAGGGUGAGGCCAGCAGCAGCAAGGAGGCAGACCACAUUUAUGGGUUUGAGGACAUCUCAGUGUCUCUGGAGGGCAGGAUCAAAGCUGAGGAAGAAGUUCUGGCUAAAGUCUUCAGAGCAGCCCAGGCUAGGAAGCUCUCAGACCCUCCUCAUAUCAAGCCAUGUGAUCCAUUAAAUCCAGUAUCUUCAGUGAACCAGUCACCAGUCCCUGCACCACAAGCUCCUAAACUCCACUUGGUCCCAGUGUGUGAGGAGGCGGCCCUGUCAGACAUUCAGGCUGCAAAAGAACAGAGAAACAAUCGAACAUCUGAUCUGAAGCCAGCUGAACAGAUGAGGAGGAACAGAGAUGGAGGAGAAAUUUGUCCCACACCCGACUCGACUGCUGCUCUCAAAUCAGGUGAUAGUGGUUUGCCUGCAGGUGACAAUUACAGCAACAGCCAGCAGGUUGCCAUCAGAACGAAUGGAAUAGAAAAUGAUGUAUCCACAAAAAGUUUCCAUCCUCCGGUCCGCUGGUACCAGAAUUCCAACUCUAUGAUUGUAACUGUGAAGCUGAUGAACCCAGAGAGUCAGCGCUGUGACUUCUACCCUGACCGGGUCAUCUACAGUGGCAGAGUGAACGAUCAGUCAUACAGAGCCGACCUCGAGCUUCAGGGCAACAUCGCUGUGGACCGCUGCUGCUGGGAAAUGAAGUCCAAUGAGCCAGUACUCAAACUGGUCAAACAAGAGCAGGGGCACUGGGAGAAACUCCUCAGGAACAAGAAUAUUUUUGUGAGUUACGAUAUGGAGCACUUUGAAGAUGAUGAAGACAGAGCUCCAAAUGGUCUGUGGUCAGUGGGUGACACAGGAGGGGAUAGCUGGUACGUGAACACAGAGAGCAGCAGUGAUAGUGAUUGAAGAUUCAUGCUGAUCAACCCUGAAAAACAAAAAAAGGCCCUGUUUCACAUCUUUCCAGAACCCUCCCGUUAUCUGUCAUUAUCUUUUGGAUCACAAGAAUAUUUGUUUUGGUACCAUUGACCUCCUUAAAGGGUCAGUAAGUGAUUCUGGAGAAAGCUUGUUUUUUCUCUUUGUUGUCAUUGUGAAUUUACUGCUCUGGCCGUGCCACUUACCCAGGUCUUCCGGUAUGGGAGUCCGACGCACUAACCGCUAGGCCAAAACAUCAGAGUUGCAGCGCCACACGCCAGCAUGUCUUCUAAGGUGUCGACGAGUGAUGUUUACAAACUGCACUUGCAGUGUUGUGUUUGAGCGACCGCUAACGCACAGUGAGGAAAUAUUCCCAGAUUUUUUACAAAAUGUGUAUUGCUUUAGGAUCGCUUACUGCCCCUUUAAUAUUGAAGAUUGUACUGUUAGGUAUAUGGGAAUCCUUCUGCAGGGAAUUUAGAGAUUCCCAAACCAUGAAGUUGCCUCAAAAACUGUGAUUCCUAAUUUUUUCUCAAGUUUAAAUAGACAUGCGAUGUGACUGGAAGAGUUCUGCCACAGUCUUGGUAAUUAAUGGGAAACACUUCUCAAGUUUUUGGCACUUUAUUGUAGUAUCUAUUAUUUACACUCACUUACUGUCCAAAUACUUGUGGCCUGGAGUGUUGAAUAACGUGAUGUAUCUCGCUGAAUUUCUAAGUUUCAUUACAUUUUUCUUUCUAGGUCUUUAAAUCCUCCACUGUUAAAGCUGAACACAUCUUUUUUGAGUUAGUUUGUAAUACUUUGAGAGAUUGUUGUGUUGUGCAUUGACUUUGUAUGUAAUCUACUCGCGCGAAUAAUUUGCAUUACGUUUGGUGUGAACGCAUGUGACACAAUUUUUUUGCGCGGGCAAAAGUAAUGUGAAAAUUCGCAUUGCGUCCGCUGUGAAUGCACCAUUAGUCUUGAUUGGCCCAGUCAGUAACCUGACCUUAAAUCAACAGACCAUUGCUGUCUCCCAAUUCAGGGGCUAUUUACGUCACAAGGUCGUUCCGUCCUUACUGUUACAUCAUUAUCUUUGAGUCACUGCACUUACUGCAGCUCGGCUCCUCGCGUAGCUGGUAAUGAAACCAGCACAAUGAAUCCUGGGAUAGGUUGGCCCAAGAAGACAUUCUGAUAUGCAUAAAGCUUUACAUAGCUAUUUUUUCUAAUUGUCCUGGCUGCAUGAACAUUUUAAUACUAACAUAGUAAUAAUGUGUUGUUCCACAUGACGGUGUGACUGAUGACAAAAGUUUUGAUUUUGGGAUGAACUCUUUAUUUUUCAUUAAGGAUUUUGGCAAUUGAAUUGAAAGAAAAUUAAUUUAAUAAUUCAACCUUUGUAUCAUUUGGUAGCAGUAAAAGAAGUAGUCAACUUUAAAUUACAUUUCUUUUAAACAGUAUAAAUGCUUCAAAACACUGCAGCACAAUGCGGGUCAAUGGAUGGUUCACCACUGUCCCUACUCUUUAAGUUGGUGGAGUUUUAAUCAACAUGAACCUUUCGUUAAACAGAACAGUUGAGGUUUAAAAAAUAUAUUCAGAAAUGUUUGCAUUUGGAUUUUCUGUCGAUUUUCUCCAGAACCACUCAUCCUACAGUCGUUGCAGACGGGCUUGUGUCUCCAGCAGUUCAGCCUUGAAGCUUACUGCACACGGUUUCUCAACGUUAUUUAUAACAUAGUGAGAACGCUGCUUUGUCGCUCUCUGACCCGUCCUACCUGACUCAAAUCCGUGGGUUACGGGUGAACCUGGGUUUCACUGAUGCACUUUCUUCAGCCCCCCGCAAAACACAAGUGAAGUUUGAAAUUAAAUAAAUGAGUACUUCUCCAGAUAAUUAAAUGACAGAUUCAUCAAUUUACAGUUCGAUACGUUUUCGUGGAGAUUUAAAUUAAAGUGAAUUUAAUUAAUCCCACAGAGGGAUUUGCUCAUUUUCAAGAUGCAAACGAAAACCUUUGAUAUUGUAGUUUUGAUAAAAAUUUGGUUUGUAAUUUAUUCUUUGGGUUAACAGUGCCAUUAGAGGCAGUUGCUUUGAUUUUGUGAUGUAUUUGUUAUUAAAGAGUUGAUUGGAUGUUCAACCCCCUUCACUUUAGUAUAUUUGUAUUUUUCUGUUCACUCCCUCAAUGAAAGAUACUUACUUUGAGCUCAUUGAUGAUUAAACCUGUGAAGUUUCUGGUUUUACAGUAAGAACUGUGAUUCUUGGGAAUGUUUUAUUUGUUGUAAUCUUGUAUUUACAGACGUGUUUCAGCAUCUGCUUCUGUCAGAGUUUCGCAUUUUUAUAGGCUUAAAGGUGAGGGAGGGCAGACAUCACAAACUGACACCAGCAUGGCAGCAGAGUGAAACUUUGAGCCAAGCUUUUUCUUUUUUCCUCGCUGAAUGUUUUCUGCACAAAUAAACCUGCUUUUCCUUUGUUCAA